UCUCACAUUCUCACCCUUCAAAAACACAACCAUUUGCGACUACCUCCCACUCCACUUUUAAACCCAAACUUCCAUCUCUUCCAGAAAAUCAAACAUAAAAAAAAAAAAACUAUCAUUUCUCUCAUAAACUUCAUCACUCAGAAGAAAAAAAAACAACAAUGAGUAGAGGAAGUGGAGCAGGUUACGAUCGUCACAUUACGAUCUUCUCUCCUGAAGGUCGUCUUUUCCAAGUUGAGUAUGCGUUUAAGGCGGUGAAGUCGUCUGGAAUUACUUCAAUUGCAGUUCGAGGGAAAGAUUCUGUUUGUGUUGUCACUCAGAAGAAAGUUCCUGACAAGCUUUUGGAUCAAACUAGUGUUUCACAUCUUUUUCAAGUCACCAAGUAUCUAGGGCUGCUUGCUACUGGAAUGACAGCUGAUGCUAGGAAUUUGGUUCAGCAAGCAAGGAAUGAAGCAGCCGAAUUUCGCCAUAAGUAUGGAUAUGAAAUGCCAGUGGACGUCUUGGCUCGAUGGAUAGCGGAUAAGUCUCAAGUUUAUACCCAGCAUGCCUAUAUGAGACCUCUUGGAGUAGUGGCUAUGGUACUUGGAAUUGAUGAAGAGAGGGGGCCACUGCUAUUUAAAUGUGAUCCAGCUGGCCACUUUUAUGGUCACAAGGCUACCAGCGCUGGAGCAAAAGAUCAAGAAGCCAUCAACUUUCUGGAGAAGAAAAUGAAAAACGAUCCUGCUUUCUCCUAUGAUGAAACGGUGCAGACUGCAAUCUCUGCUCUUCAGUCUGUUCUGCAAGAGGAUUUCAAGGCCACUGAGAUUGAGGUGGGAGUUGUUCAGGUGGGAAAUCCAGCUUUCAGAGGGCUUACAACUGAGGAGAUAGAUGAGCAUUUGACAGCCAUAAGUGAGCGCGAUUAAUUUAAACAUGUUUGAAAUAGGCGGCCUGGCGUAGUUUGCCUAGUGUGGUCUCUCAACCUCGUAAUUGUUGAUCACAGCGGUGCCCUUGGUAGAUUUCUUUGCGCUUUUUCUACUGUAACAUUGAGAUAAUGGUUGAAAUAUGGAACUGAGGGGAUUUUGCCAA